UGAGAUUCGGCAUUGAUAUUGUGCACUGAGUCGUGUUUGAACGAGUCGAAUCGAAUGGCAUACCUGCAAAAUACUUCACUUAAGGAUAAAUUAUUUCCUCUUCACGUUGUAAAUAUACAGCAAUGAGAUUUCUUUCCAGACAGGCGAUCGGCUUUCAUUUCUUUCGGAAGAAUACUAUCUGUUGAAGAGUUCCGCUUUUUUUCUUGAGUUUUGAUUAAGUGUGCCAAGAACGUUGAAACCAACUGUCUCUGCUGCUCACAACAGGAUAUUAUAGCGAGCGUCUAUUCAAUCGUCAAUCAUGCAGUAUAAAAGUGCCGCCAAAGUCAGCUUCUCCUCCCUAGUCGUCCUGGGACUGAGCAUCCUCGCAAUCCACUACUGGAUGGAGACAAAGAGCUACCUCCUUGAUGACCAGACUCUCGCGAGAAUUUCCGAGAAAUACGUGGGGCUUCCACACCAGGAGGCUUUCGAGAAAGUGCAUGCCGAACUGAUGGACAGAUACCCGGGCCACAUUCUCCCGCCAGAGAAGUCCCAGUGGAUGUUCGUGAACGCGGGAGGCUGGAAGGGCGCCAUGUGUAUGAUCCACGCCUCCAUCACGGAGUACAUCAUCUUCUUUGGCACGGCAGUGGACACUGUUGGGCAUUCAGGCCGCUAUUGGGCCAAUAUAUCAGACACGGUUAUGACCGGGACGUUUAGACAGUGGUCUGAAGGCACGACAGUCAGCCAGGUUUUCCACCCAGGCGAUACCAUCCUGCACGUGUGGGGAGACGUGACUAUGGUCCAGUGGUCAGAAGGCACCUGGAUGGUGGAGUACGGCCGGGGCUUCCUUCCCUCCACCUUGCCCUUCACCUUCUCAGAUACCAUCUUCAGCACCCAAGACUUAUGGGGCCUCAUCAAGAUCCUGCGCGUGUAUAUACGACUGCUGUUCCAGGAGCUGGCCUGCUAUAUGGGAGAGCUAGUGGAUUAAUGACGGAUAGAUUAGGACCUGUGCAAUCUGAAAUUUUUUGAAAUCGUCAGGAAAAAAAAAUUGUUUUGUCUUGAAUCGUUGGCAACAGACUUCAGAGAACUUAUCUAUUAAACCUUGCUCUACCAGGGUAUUGAGACAAUUGUUUUGAAAUCAAAAUUGCACUUAUUGAGACAUGUUUUCGCCAGGCAAUGCCUAGGUUGCUGCAUGGACAGGCGUGAGCUAGCUACCGUGACCGUCCAUGCACUGGACGUUUUGCAAAGGAUCGGAUAAAUCACGAGGAGCGCACCGUUCGUGGGCCAGGAUGGUCCGAGAGUGAAGCCUGCACGAAGGCCAUUCAUCACCCACGAACGGCGCGCACUGAGUGUAUUUACCAACUUCACACCCUCCGAUAAUUCUUAAGGCUUGAACGAAGGCCUUUGUACAUCUUCAUUGUUAGAAAAUUGUACUCUUUAAGGUUUACUAAAAACGAAGUUGAGCACAAAAAUGUACCGGUUUGAAGUCCAAAUUUCGUGCUGUUUUCAUGUUGUGGGUUAAUUUUUAGGCCCAUACGUAAAUGGACAAAAAUCAAUCUAUAUCAAUUAGACAUCGUCUAUUCGCAGAAUUUUGUUAAAAUGGGAAAAUAAUAUGUAUUCAUGACAAAAGAACGAUGACGUCCCAUCAUUGUUACUCAUUAAGUAAUUUUGGUACAUUAAAAGCAUUCCAAAGACACCUCCGGAAAUUUGGCAAUUAUCAUUUUAAUUGCUGGUUUUUUUUCUCUUACUAUUUUUAAAUGUAUUUAUUUCCUAUCACAGGACCAUAAAUGUAAAACAGGACCAUAAUGUAAAACAGCCUUUGAGCUGAUAUUUUGUAUCCUGUAUAAAGAUUUUGAAAUAAAUAAAUAAAAUAAAUAAAUAAAUAAAUAAAGAGAAGCACAGUGCUUUCUGUUACGAUUUUGCGGGUUUAAAAUGAAGUGCCUCGUUCCACUUUUAUUUUUCACGAAAACUGUGUUUUUUCGCCAUUGAAAGUUUAUUUUAACAUCCCGUGGAAAGCGAGUGGCACCACCUAUUGUGUAAAAUUUGUGUUACAUUGACUAUGAUCACUGUUUACUG